AACACCAACCAAAUUCAGCCACGUCAGCUUUUCACAAUUUUGAACCACGUAGAAUUACAAAGUUUAAAGGAGAAAUUGCGUGAGAAAAGCAAAGCAAUAAGUUGGUCAUGAAGCAGGCAAAUAUUGUAGAGCGAUUAAGUAGCGCGAGACAGAAGAUGCAGAUGAAGGCACUAAACUAAAAACAAAAAAUUAUCACAAUCAGAUAAAUAUCAGAGGGCCGUGCGAACACAACACAACACAACACGGAAUUAGUUUUUCCAACCUCUUGAAAAAUCAAUAAUAAUGCAAUUUUAAUUAACUUUUACUGGAACGGAUUUUAUUUAAUCGAAAACGGAAAUAUUUUUACAACAUGGCACCACCAGCAACAACAACAGCAAAUUCGGUAUUUGUUACAUUGCCUAAACUUAGGCCUGGACCCGCCCCCGCAGUAGCUGCGCUACUAAAGAGUGGAGGUGGAGUCCCCUCGCCUACACAUUCAAGUUCGGGAUAUGCGUCAUCAUCGUCGGUGAUGGAUGAAGAUCAAAUGGAGGUGGUGCAGGUGCAGGCACCCAAGGCCAAGAAACGUCGCCUGGACCACCUUACGUGGGAGGAGAAAGUCCAGAGAAAGAAGCUAAAGAACCGUGUGGCCGCACAAACAUCACGUGACCGCAAAAAGGCUCGCAUGGAGGAAAUGGAUUACGAAAUCAAAGAAUUAACAGACAAAACAGAAAUAUUGCAAAACAAAUGCGAAAGUCUACAGGCCAUCAACGAGGCGCUUCUAUCAAAGAAUCAAAAGCUUGAUGCAGAGAUGGAGCAAAUGCGCCAGGAAUUGGCCGAAAUGAAGAAGCAGCAACAAGCCAAAGUCAACGCUAACAGCAACGGUAUCAGCUCACCAGUCAGCUUAGGCGCUGAGGGCUGUGCGUCCACAAACCUUGGAUCUGCAGCAUCUAACACAACUGGUGGACACACAGUCGUCAGCGCGUUCGCUGAUAGGGGAACUGAAACUGGAGUUGAAACGCACACGAACUAUGGCCUCUCUGUGGAGGAUUGUGGCUCUCUGCCUACUCUACAAGACAUGCUUCUCGUCGACGACGAAGAGUUCGAUGCCCGAAGGCUUGAAGAGCUGGCCGAAACUCUACUCGCAGAAGUCCUUGAAACAGACUCUCGAGCAUGCGAUGAAAUUGCUCCCCAAGAUGCAGGCAACCAAGAGCGAUUGUCUAGAUCAAUGGUGGGGACCACAGCAAAGUGCCUGGAAUCCAGCGGGCAUAGAAUUGAUGGCUUAGAAAGCAAGGAAGUAAAAGCGAUAAGCACACAGAGCAUGACGAACAUGCAAGUGUUAAAUAUAAAUGGAAAUGUAGAGCAGGCAGCAACGAUAAAAGCGGAAAUUGCCUCGUGCCCCAGCACUAGUACCACCCCCACCCCCCCAGAUACAGUCUAUGGCACAUAUGAUGCCAAAACAAAUUCCAUUACAAUUGUUAUGGAUGGUGAUGCAGUGCCCGUUAACGAGGCCGUUGAGGAGAUUUACUGUGAGGGUAUUACCGCUGUCGAAGACGACAUGGAUGAUGAGGACACUGUUAUGAUGAUGAAAUGUGCUCCGCCAGCGACAUCGCCCUCACAGGUCUAUCUCAAUGUUAUGAAUGCCACACCAGAUACAGACGAUGAUGAUUCAGAUAUUGAGAAUACUUUUGAUAAUAUACCAGAUUUUCUUUGCCCGUCGCGUACGAUUAAAGCAAUUUCGCCACUGGCCAGAUCACCGGCAAUGUCUCUCAACUCACAUUCGGCCAUUUCAGAUCAUGGCUAUGAGUCGAUAAUGGGCUCACCCACAUCACACAGAGCGGAUCUGACUUUGCCGACAGCCGAUGAGGACUUUCCAUGGCAAAGUGGUUUUGAUGAACUGUUUCCCAGUUUAAUUUAAAUUCGAUUUUAUUUUUCAAAUUGAAAAUAGGUAUACAUUCUCUAUCUCUCUUUAUAUAUAUCUGUAAUUAUUGUUAAGUUUUGUAUAGAAUUUGUAUUGUCAUAAAAGGCUUUUCUAUAUUUAUAUAUCACAUAUAUAUGUAUGGAUACGAAUUGAUAUUUAAUCACACUGAGCUAAGCUUGUAUUUAAGAUUACCAUUUAUAUUUAACACUUGUCUGUAAUUAUUCACUGUGCUCAAAAAACAAAACAAAAAAAAAGUUAUCGGUAAAUGAGAAAAAAAAACAUUCUAAAAAAAGAAUAUAAUUCAAAUAUAUUCAAAAACACCCAA